AUGAAAGUUGGGCCAGAACCUUUUUUUAGUGCCAUAUGAGCCAACAUCACAGGGCGAGCAACAUAUUCCUGCCAGAGCUUGUCCUCUUCAGAAGGUAACUGUGCGGUCGAGUCCAGAACUGACCUGCAAUCAUGGAUGAUGUAUAUAAAGCAGCGGUAGAGAACUUGACAGAAGAGCAGAAAAAUGAAUUCAAGGCUGCCUUUGACAUCUUCAUUCAGGAUGCUGAGGAUGGCUGCAUCAGCACAAAGGAGUUGGGGAAGGUGAUGAGAAUGCUGGGACAGAAUCCCACUCCUGAGGAGUUACAGGAGAUGAUAGAUGAAGUGGAUGAGGAUGGCAGUGGCACAGUAGAUUUCGAUGAAUUCUUGGUUAUGAUGGUCCGAUGCAUGAAGGAGGAGAGCAAAGGGAAAUCAGAAGAGGAGCUGGCCGAACUAUUCCGCAUGUUUGAUAAGAAUGGAGAUGGUUAUAUUGACUUAGAGGAACUGAAGAGCAUGCUGGAGUCCACCGGAGAACCGAUAACUGAAGAUGAUAUUGAGGAGCUGAUGAAAGAUGGAGACAAAAACAAUGAUGGAAAGAUUGAUUAUGAUGAGUUCCUGGAGUUCAUGAAAGGUGUUGAGUAAAGGAGAGCUCCAGAGGGUUCUUUCCUUCACAACCUCUCAUUUUGAAAUGUCAUCAAAGUUCAUUCCUGAAGACAAGUUCCCACCUUUUCUUUACAUCAAUGUUAAUUUCUGAUUGCAGUAUUAAAUCAAAGUUUAACAUGAAAAAAAAAUAUUUUCAAUAAAACAUAUGAUCGUUCAA